UUUAGAUCACCUACAAAAGAAGACUUCUCUCAGCAUCUAAUUGCAAUAUCUACAACACCUUUUUUUUUGGUCCAAGAAAGAAACCGCCAUGGAAUGCAAAGGAGCAGCUCAGUGGAGCUCAAUUAUAGUUUCUUCUGUUCAAGAGAUGGUUCAGGAAAAGAUUAUCACGACCGUUCCUCCCAGGUAUGUUCGGUCUGAUCAAGACAAAACUGAAGUCACCGAUGGUUCUGGUCUUAAUGCCGAGAUCCCAAUCAUCGACAUGGAGCGGUUAUGUUCUUCAACCGCCAUGGACUCUGAGAUUGAGAAACUCGACUUUGCUUGCAAAGAAUGGGGAUUUUUCCUGCUUGUAAACCAUGGAAUCGACCCAAGUUUCUUGGACAAAACAAAGUCGGAGAUUCAAGGUUUCUUCAACCUUCCGAUGGAAGAAAAGAAAAAGUUUUGGCAGAAACCAAAUGAGAUGGAAGGUUUUGGACAAGCUUUUGUGGUAUCAGAAGAUCAGAAACUCGACUGGGCAGACAUCUUCUACCACACAGUGCAACCUGUUGGAUCACGCAGACCUCACUUGUUCCCCAAGCUACCUCUUCCAUUUAGAGAUACAUUGGAGACGUAUUCUGCUAAAGUGCAGAGCGUAGCUAAGAUCUUAAUUGCCAAAAUGGCUAGAGCCCUAGAGAUCAAACCAGAGGAAAUGUUGAAGUUUUUUGAUGAUGUUGAUUCAAUGCAAAGUAUGAGGAUGAAUUACUACCCGCCGUGUCCACAACCCGAUAAGGUUAUCGGUCUAACUCCGCAUUCCGAUUCUGUCGGACUCACCAUACUCUUGCAGGUGAAUGAAGUGGAAGGUCUCCAAAUCAAGAAAGAUGGGAAAUGGGUUCCUGUUUUACCUCUCCCACAUGCAUUCAUUGUCAAUAUUGGAGACGUCUUGGAGAUUAUAACGAAUGGGACGUACCGAAGCAUCGAGCAUCGAGGAGUUGUGAAUUCAGAGAAAGAGAGGCUCUCUAUUGCAACGUUUCACAACCCGGGAAUGUAUAAAGAAGUUGGUCCCGCGAAAAGCCUCGUGCAAAGACAAAAAGUUGCAAAAUUCAAAAGGCUGACCAUGAAAGAGUACAUGGAUGGCUUGUUCUCUCGUGAGCUUGACGGAAAAGCUUAUCUCGAUGCUUUGAGAAACUAAAAGAAUUAUUGCCUUGUGGCCCAAGAAACUACGUCAUAUAUCUAUUUACUCUGUUUUCUUGAUUUCUUUGGUAAACAAUCUCUAUGAUCCUAUCUUCCUUCUCUCUCUAUUUACUACUUAUUUGGUAACGACAAAAGUUCUCCAGCUGAAAAUGCUUAUACGUAUUGCUAUAAUAAUACAAUAAGCUUGUACGUUUUCGUUUCUUAAAGUUCCUUGUUGUUGCUCAAAGCUUUUAUCUAAUAAUAGUGAUCACAUGAUUCACACACUUAUCUUAUAAGUGGAGGGUUUAUGGAAAAAAAAUCUCCAAUUUCAAUCUUCCUCCUUA